UAAGGAAUGGAGGAAAGUGCGAUGGAGGUAAGUUCACAAACAUUUUUAUGUAUGAUGUAAGGUAUCAUUAUCUUUUAAUCUUGAUUGAUAUCUUAUAAGAUAGCACAUGUGCACUGAGUUGAUUGUUGUUACUGUAAUGGUUACAACUGAUAUAUAAUCUAAUAUAUAAGCUGAUGGAAUCGUACAUUUUCUUUCCUCAGACAAGAUGAAAUGUUAAAUACUCUCAAGGCAUUUAACAUUUGUAAUGAAGUCCCAGAGCUCCGCUUCCUUCUGUAUGGACCAGUUGGAGCAGGAAAGUCCAGCACAAUAAACACCAUCAGAAGCAUCUUUGAAGGACGUCAGUUUGUGAACUGCCUGGCUGCUGCAAUAUCUACUACGAGUCACACUCUAUGCUAUGAACGAUUUAGAUUUGCAAAUGAAGCAGGAUCAUUUCCUUUUGCCUUCAAUGAUGUAAUGGGUGCAGAAGCAGAAGGUGGGGUGCACACUCAAGAUAUCAUCACUGCUUUAAAAGGUCAUAUGAAAGAGGGUUACUUGUUCAACUCUAAAUCUCCACUGUCUGAAAGCAACCAUUACUACAACCAAAAUCCCAGCCUGAGUGAUCAGAUGCACUGCCUGGUGUAUGUCAUACCAGCCGACAAGAUUUCAUUGAUGGGAAAUGAUUUGAUUAAAAAAUUGAAGAGUGUCCGAGAAGCAGCCAGUAGAAUGGGAAUCCCUCAAGUGGUUUUCAUGACAAGAGUAGACUGCGCAUGUCCGACGACAAAGGAGAAUUUGCAAAACAUCUACAAAAGCAAAAAGAUUAGAGAUAAAGUGAGUAAUUUUGCUAGAGUGAGAUUGUAUGGGCAUCACUGCAGAGAUUCCCAACUACAAUUUUGAAACUAACAAAUUAAUGACGUGUAUAUUUGUGUUUGUAUCCAGAUGCGUGAGUGCAGUAAUGCAUUGGGUGUGCCUAUAAACUGUAUCUUCCCUGUCAUGAACUAUCACGAGGAGACCC